AUGGCGGCCUCACCCAAUCUUUUCUGCUCUCUGAUGAUCCUUCUACUCAUUUGGAUACCUAAUUCCUCCCAUGCAUCAGCAUCUUCCCAAGUGGAGCACUAUAUUAUAUUCAUGGAGUCAGCCGUCAUGCCGAAAGUCUUCCCCACUCCAUUCCACUGGCAUCUAGCCACUCUUUCCUCCCUGGGCGCUCAUGCUUCUGCCAAGCUAAUAUACAGCUACUCCCACGCCAUUGAUGGCUUCAGCUGUGCUCUCACCGUUGCGGAAUUCCAAGCCUUGCAGAAGUCUCCCGGCUAUGUCCACUCCAUCAAGGACCUGCCUGUGAAGUACGACACCACUCAUUCCCCCAAAUUCUUGGGGCUUGUCAGUACUCCUGGUCGCUCUGGCGCGUGGGAAGCAUCCAACUACGGCGAAGGCGUCAUCAUCGGGGUGGUCGACUCCGGGGUGUGGCCGGAAAGCCGGAGCUUCGACGACCACGGGAUGGAUCCGGUGCCACCCAGAUGGAAAGGAGAAUGCGAGACCGGCACCCAAUUCAACGCCUCCAGUUGCAACAACAAGCUCAUCGGGGCUCGUGUUUUUACCCGGGGCCGCGUCGCGAGAAACAUGACCAUCACGAUGAACUCCCCGCGCGACGAGGAAGGCCACGGGACCCACACCGCCAGCACCGCCGAGGGCAACUUCGUCGAAGGCGAGGAGGAGUCGUUCUUCGGCUACGCUCCGGGGACGGUCAAGGGAGUGGCUCCCAAGGCCCACGUGGCCAUGUACAAGGUGGACAACGGCUCCUUCACCUCCGACUACAUCGCGGCUAUCGAUUGGGCACUCCGCGACGGCGUGGACGUCCUGUCGCUGUCGCUGGGGUUCGACGACUGCGCCUUGUACGACGACGCCGUCGCGCUGGCCACCUUCGCGGCCGUGGAUAGGAACGUGUUCGUCGCCACCUCUGCCGGGAACAGAGGCCCGAUGCAUGGGAAGAUCCACAACGGGAUCCCGUGGGUGCUGACGGUAGCGGCUGGAACGAUCGGCCGCGAGCUCGGCGCUGAGGUGAAGCUCGCCGGCGGCGGCGCGUCGGUUUUCGGCCGGUCCAUUUACCUGGGAAGCUACUCCACCGCCGAAGCUCCGAUCGUGUUCCUGGCGGACUGCUCGAGCGCCACCGAGAUCCGCAGGCGCGGCGCGGGGAGGGUGGUGGUGUGCCACGUGGAUAAACACACGCCCGGCGACCCGUUUGCCAACCUGCAAAAGAACUCCGGCGUGAUCGUCGGGGCCAUCAUCAUCUCCCCCAGCAUCAUACCGGACGCGGCACUGUACUUCACCUUCCGGUGA